AUGUGGUUCUCAGCGCUUCUCUGCUUUCCCAAUUGGGGCAGGAAAAACUGGAGAGGAAGUAAAUUAUUACAAACAACUUUCUCUGAGUGAGUUCAUUUACGUUCCCAGGCAUGUAGCUGGCAAGAGCCUCAGGCCUCCCUCCCUCCCUUGCCCCACCUCCCAAAGCUUUCCCUGCCACCCCUCCUUCUUUCCUCCACUGCCCCCCUUACUGGCUGCCUCUCUCCCUCCCUCUUUCCCUCGCAGCCUUAAUGACUUCCACAUGGGCUUCUGGCAUUCUGAGCAUUGUCUGAAAUCUCCAAAUUUAGAAGAAAUAUGAAAAUUGUCAAGCACGCCUUCCUUAGGGGGUAAAACCAACAUUCGCUUGAACUGUCGCAGGUCAAGGCAGCGGGACCAUGUGACCAGGCCCCAGCCAAUGGCUGCCCUCAGGACCACUGACAGAUUAGGCCGUCAGCCGUGCAGCAUCGUCUUUCAGCUCAUAUAAGGUAAAAGUAAAAGGUUUUCCAGAUUCUGAGCAGUGAGGGAAAGGUUUUCACCCAGGACCCCUUGUGCCAGCAGCUUAAAAAAGGAGUGUCAACACUGGUCUUCCAGUGUGGCCCUCUGUGUUUCGAAGAGAGGAGACGGCGCCCACCUUCCCCAUCCUCACCAAGGGCCUAGUGCAUGACAGGUGUGGGCAAGCACAGGUACGUUCCUACCUACUGUCUGUGGAUGCAUAGGUGUGAGUGGAUGGUUGCAUGUUUGUGGCAAAUGUGUUCUACAGGUACAUGGGUCUGUGUGUUGAAUGUCUAACAUCUAAUUGUACAAUACCCAUAUAAAAGCUAUAUAAGUCGGUGACUCUAAUGCUUCCCUGUUCUUAGAUGUUGUUCUAAUAGCUGUGCCCCAUAUGCAAUGGCUUUGCUUCUAACUUCUGCACGGUGGUAGAAUUAUUUUUGCAUCAGAACCAGUUCUUGUUCUGGGAGGGGAAAGGAAGGAAUGAAGAGUGAUGGAGACAAAUGCACAGGAGAAAUGAAAAGGUUGAGAAUCUCCACCCUCAAAGAGUUUUGGAGUUCCAUUUGCAGGAAGCACCUUAACUGGUCUCCCCCCAUAAUACACCCUUCAAACUUUUGAGAGUUGAUGUGGUGUGCAAUGGCUGAAAAUGGGCAACAGAAGAUCUAGCACAGCAGUCAGUUUUUUAAAAAAAUAACAAUAAUCUCCUUUUCAGCAGAAUCAUGACAUCUCAGUCUGCUGCUGUUUGCCCUGCAGCCCCUUUCAUCUCUGCAUCCUGGUGUCUUUUUCCUGAUGGUUAUCAUAAGCACUGCAGAGUGAUGGAUGUUGAGAACUGCUGUAGCAGAGCACAGGAAAAGAAAACGCCAAUCUUCAAUAAAACAGCAUUUUGUGGGAAGCAUAAUUAGAACCUACUUAGGAAACUUAAGAAACCUCUUUCCCCUGAGAGUGUCCCCCCCCCUCCCCGUCCAAGUUCCCCAGGGCUAGCUCUGAGCAAGUUGCACUGACAAAUAAAUGGUGCUGCAUCCUGCCCUGUAUGAGGUAAAAAGGGCUGCUUCUCCCAGAAUCACCAGGCAGCACUACAAAGGCUGGCUGCUUGGCUCUAGGACGCAGAUGUCUCCGGGAGCUGCUGGCAUUUGUUUGUUCCAAAGCAUGUUCCAAGUUGGAAAAAAUAAAAAGCAGAAGAAUUUCCAACCUAGACUGCCCUCCCCACCUCCCACCCUGAAGUGGAAAAUGGCAAAUGGAUCAUUCUGACCUCCCAGGAGUGCCUCACCAGUAUGCAGUGGUCCCAAGACAGAUGUUGAGUUGCUGAAUUUAGCGUGCCAGCAUGUAGUGAUCUGGGGGUGGGGGAUGCCUGGUCAUUUCAGGCACUUCUGGUGGUGUGUGGCAAUGCCCGACUAGAACUGCAGUCAGGGGCUGUCCAGUGGAGAAAGCUGGCCCACACCAGCCAAAGGCGCAGCAAGCAAAGACUUCACAGGUAUCCUAAGAGUUGCUGGGAGGCAAGGAAUUAUCUUUCUGCAUGGUAGAACUCUGGGUUAGCCAACAUUCUGGGUUACUCCUCCCAUCAGCCCAGGCCAACAUGGUCAAGGAUGCUCAGAGUUGUAGUCCAUAGCAUCUGGAGUGCACCAUGUUGGCCACCCCAGUAUCAUACUGUGGAACCUCUGGGUGUAAGAAAGUACUCUGGGUAAUAAGCCAAUUUACUGCCCUGGAGCCCAGGCAGUUUCCCAUAUGCACAAGUCUAGUCUUCCAACAGGCCAGAUUGACAACUGAGCAGUCUCCUGACAUUUAAGAGUGACUGGUGGGCAGGGCAGUGGCUGAUUCUUCAGCCACUUAGAGCAUUUCUGGCACCCAGUUCCAGAGCGUUAUGGGCAUAGAGGACCAACCGCUUUAGUGCCUUCCAGCUGGUAGGUAAGGAGUUCUUUUCCAGAACAUGCGUGUGCAGAUUUCCCAAAACAAUUAUCGGUAGGAAAUUAGGGGGAAGCUUUGUCUAGACAGGCUGCAUCUCUGAAUUGCUCCUGGACAGAGCAGUAUUUCCUUUGCCACUUGCAAAAAGUUGUCUGGAGAUAAUUUAAGUUUCUUCCUUUAAAAAACAAAAAACAAAAAAACCUACAGCUUGCAAAAUACGUUUGCAGCUUCAAAACUGAAAGGCUUGGAAAAUUGGUUCUGUCCAAGAAAAGAAAAGGGGAAAAAAACUGCCCUCUGCCCUCCCCUUUUCCUUCAACAUUUCUACACCAGCACUUUCUUUUAUUCCUCUUCAGAAGCACUCUGUUUAAAACGGCAUACAAAGAAUUUGUAUGUGUUGCCGGUGAGUCACUGCAGUAAUUUGUUAGGUCCUCUUUGCUCAUUCUUUUUUUCUUGUACUUUAUGGAUUAAAGCUGAAGCAGUCGGGAAAUGGUCGAAAAUAUGCACCUCUGAAACGGUAGAUAGGUCAAACGUGACUUUCAGGUACAUGAAUGCUGGAAAAAGGCAGGAAUUAUUCAAAGAAUGUAUUCCAAAACACUUGCAGGUUUUGUGUCCUGUGUAACAGCCUUUAAUGCAGAAGAUAAGGCAAACGCAGGUUUUACAGUCCCAUUCAAAAACCCAGCAGCACUUAGCCUCUUGUGCAGACACGCUGCAAGGUUAUGUUAUUGAAGUUUAUUUAUUUAUUUUUAAUAUGUGAGCAGGGAAACUAAAGGCUGGAAGCGGCCACCAGCUUGUUACAGAAUAGCCCUCUUCACACGUUAUGGUAAUCAAAUGGAACAGCAGUCCACGUCUUCACUUCCACUGCCAAUUGGGGUGGCCAAAGUGGUGACCUCCAGAUGUUUCAGACUACAACUCUCACCAGUCCUGAAAAGCAUAGCCAGUGGUCAGGGAUGAGAGGAGCUGCAGUCCACAUUGGGAGGGUACUAGGUUGGUUACCCUGAGCCCAUAUUCAUGGCUUGUGAAAGAGCCUACACAUGGAGCUCAUCAGGCAAGGCAGGGUUCCCAAAUGCAUGUACAGAACCUGGGCCUGCACAGUUGUACACACACAGGCUCUUUCACAAGUUACACUGAGUGUGUGUUGGGGGCACAGCAUAGGCAGCAAGUCUCAUCCCAUUCUCCCAUUGUCUACAGAGUUGUUGCGCAUCACCCCAAUCUCUGAACGGUGCAAGAUUCCAGGGGUUCCAGGCGCUUACCUGGGGUUCAUGUUUCCUUUGGAAUGAAGGACAGUGGAGACUGUGGUAUCUUUAUGAUAUAUGGUUUAUUUACACAUAUAUUCAACCUAAACCUACAAUAGAGGGGUUCACAGCAUCAACACCCCAAGAAGGUCUUACUUCACCCAUAGCCACAGCUUUGGAUUCAAGCAGAAAUCAAGCAUGUCUCUGUUUCUGGUUUCCACCUGCUUCUUUCCAGCCCCUAGCUUCUAGCUCACAUCACUCAACUCUCCACUCUCAACUCUGCCUUUGUCCUUCUAACCACCUGCAAGUUGAAGUUUGUCUUCUCACACAAAGCCUCUUCCUUUGUUCCCCUUAAUGGCCCGUCACCCAGGCUGUCAUCUCACCAGGAAGCUAGCUUGGCUAUUCCAAGAAUUAGAAGGGUGCCCAGGCAUGCAGUCUACCCAGCCCCAAAUUGAUAACCGAGUGUUAAUGUGCUUCAAUGUGUGUUAAUCAGAAAGUAACAGGCAGUGUUAAUGAACGUACGUAUGGUGUGUGCCAUAUGCCUGCUGUGUGCACAUGUGUUUCUGGCAGACAGUGCAACUUGGUUUUACUACAUGCAAACACAUAUCUACUUUCCAUAGCUCUUCAUGGCUAUAUGGAAAUAUUUGAUCACAUCCACACCAUUCAGCACUCUGUUCCUCUUUGACUGUCAUGGCUUCCACCAAAGAAUCCUGGGAACUGUAGGUUGUUAAGGGUGAUGAGACUCCUAACAACUCUCAACACCCUUAAACUACAGCUCCCAGAAAUCUUGGGGGGAAGCCAUGAGUGUCAAAGUGGCCUCAGAUAUUUUAAAUGGAUGAUGUGGACACUGUGUGAUAUUUUAGAUACUGGUAUUGUCCAAAGUAAGUGGGGACCAUAAUAGUGGACUCAGAAAUGUUGCUCUGUCAUAUUAUUCUCCACAGCCAUUCUAUUAUCUCUCUAACUGUCUGCCACCUUUCUGAUUAUUUUUCCACGUUAGGCUUAUAGUGUUUUCGUUACACAUUUUGCCUAAAUUGCUUCAUAACAUGAAUCAAAAAACUAUUUAAGGAUACUCAUUCAGAUUACAAGUCUCUCUGCUCUGCUUUUCAUUCUCAAAUUCAUAUAAAUCAGAGGGCUCCUGUGUCAAUGGGGGAGAAGAAGGGGAGGAGGAGGGUGGAUCAUUUUAGGAGCCUCUUUGGAGCAGCAGACCUGUAAAAUGUCCAGUGUCACACUGACAGAUUUAAUUCUAAGAAAAUGUACUGAAGUAAGGCUGGAGAACAGGAUAAUUUCUAUGGGAGAAACUCAAGAAUUUAUAAGUCUUCAGAACAUAAGUGCUUUGCUGGAUCAGGCAAAGGGCCAAUCCACUCCGUUCUCACAGUGGCCAACCAGUUGCCAAUACUUCCAUACUUCCACACAAGCCUUUCGUACUUUGGAGGCGAGGAGAGAGAGAGAGAGAGAGGACCUCCUUGGAAUCACACUGUUGUUUUUAUGGGAUGCUGCUGGGGAUGUGACGCAGGCAAACUCCUGCAACUGCUCAUCACCAGGUUGCUUUGCAGUUUUUGUCCAUAUGAAUUUUUGCCUUGGGUGCUAUUACAGCACACCCUUUGGGUUUUGAUUAAAUGCUGUGAGUACAAGUCAAUUCUGAUAGCAUUGGCAUGGUCUUCUCUUGGAGCAGGGGCCCUCUAUGCAGUCUGUUCUGCUGUCUAGGGAUCUUAGCAGAAGACAGCCCUGGGCAGUUAAAGGAUUCUUAUAGACAAUGAGGAAAUAGCCUGCAUUUCUAGUAAUUCACCUACUGAAAUCCCAUAAAGAUAUUGUCCUUUUAAAGAGAACUUCACUCUCAUGAAACUGCACAAAACAGUCAGCAUAUCAUAUGAGCCACCACUAACAUUUUGCUCCAGCAACUCCCAUUUUCAUUCCGCCAUCUAUUUAUGGUCAUUAUGGGAGGGGGGUGUCCUUCUCUACUUCUUCCCAUAUUUAACAGUGUCAGCAGAGCCUGGGGGAAAAUGGGUAAGCCAGCACUCAGCAAAGCUCAGUUUUGCUUUGCCUACUGCCCAUUAAAGGAAGUGUUUUGAUUAUCAGAAUUAUACAUUUCCUCUUCUCCCUUUCCUCCUCUUUUUCUCCCACCCCCUUCCCCUGUCUUCUGAGCACAAAGCGAUAGUGAUGAGAGGAAAGAGCAUUCUGGGGCAUCAGUGGAAUGUGUAUUUAGGGAACAUGCCUCCAUCAGUGGCGUUUUCAUUUUUUUAAAAAAGGAAUAGAUUCCAUUCACCAUUCAAACCAAAUUAGAACUUUGAUCUAGAAUUUUUGCUGUAGUCGUGUCCGAAUCCACAGGCCUCUUUUGAGCAUAGCUAAUUCUGGAGUGAGACCUUGAAGUAGAAGCAAAAAAAAAGCAACAAGGUAGUCAAAAGUCAAACAAGCUGAUCCAAUGCAUUUUUGGUCCCUCCUGGUCCUUCUCCUGGGAAAUCUCAGAUUGGUUUUGUAAUGUAAAAUACUUUAAAAAUUGAUUUUAGAUUUCCCUAAAGUAGGACCGGUAAGGUCCAUAAAGCAUUGGAUCAAUAAAUAUAUCUUUCAACUAUUCCACUGGAUUUUUUUGCUUCUACUUCCAGUUCCUUUUUGGGAUUCACAUUUUUGUUGCAUUUUAGCUCCUACUGCAGAGGCCAAGCUAAAGGGGGAUUAUAAUAGUAGGCAAAUAAUCAAUCUUGUACCUCCAACUACUCCAGUUUCUGAACUUUGCCCCUGGUAAAACACCACCACCCAUUUGAGUCUUGUGGGGAUAUGUAGGAGAAUGCUCUUUUCUUGACAAUGUAUACACAUGUGCAUGGUGGUUAUUGGGGUUCAACCGCCUACCUGAGUCCCCUAGAAAUUGAAUCUCUAAAGGAAGGAGGGCAAAUAUAUGUUGACUCUAGUGCACAUACAUGUACCGGUAACUUGCAGGCACAUGGUGUCAGGAACACUGCUCCAACCUCUUUCAUUCCCUUGCCUUAAUUGUCUAUCCAAUUGCUGCUGAAUUUGUCCAUAUUGCAGCUCUUCUGUGAUGCGUAUAACAAGAUCCGUUCUGAGAUUAAAUGUUCAACUAGACAUUAUAUAAGGAAACUACUAAUAGUCAAUUUCCCUCUACAGCAGGUAGAGGGAAAGUGAUGCGUAGGGGGUGUGAGGAGAAGGCAGCUCAGGCAGCGAUCUUGGUAUGAGAAUAGGAGCAUGAUUCCAAGUAUUUUCACUUGUGAAAUGUUGGAGGGUAUAUGCAGGAAGGGCCAUAGAAGAGGAGAUCUUCGUACACAAAAGGUCCCAGGCUCAAUCCUUGGCAUCUUUAGAUAGGGCUGGGGAAGCUUCCCUGUCUGAAACCCUGGAGACUUGCUGCCAAUCAAUGUGAACCAUUCAACUGGCAGGUUGGAAGCCACUACCAGAUUACAGCCUGAUCUAAGGUGGGUCACAAGAGCAGCACCACUACCAUACAAAUAUAUAUAUAUUUAAAAACAUGAAAUAUAUAUUUGGGUUAAUGGUGGGCCCUGGGUCUGGAAAAGCUGGAGACCACUGGUGUAGACAGUACUGAGUUAGAUGGGUCAAUAGUCUGAGUAUGUCAUGGUAUAGGGCAGGGUUCCUCAACCUCAGCCCUCCAGAUGUUUUGAGACUACAACCACUGGUCCUGCUAGCUUGGGAUCAUGGGAGUUGUAGGCCAAAAACAUCUGGAGGGCCGAGGUUGAGGAAGCCUGGUAUAGGGCCUCUCUCCUCUCCCCUCUCCCCCCCUCUCUCUCUCACACACACAGUUAUUAUCAGUGUGUUCAUUGUAAUUAGCCGUCUCACCCAGUAAACCAACAGUGGUGAGUUAUGACAUCACCAAGAGUGAACUAUGACUUCAUAAUCCAGCUAAAUUUGAGUAAUUAUUUGUGUUCCUGUAAAUGCUUAUGUACUUGCAUGUACUUACCACCAGCAUUUUAUGAACAGACUAAUAUUAUAACAAAGCUCUCUCUCUCUCUCUCGUGUGUGUACAGGUAGGAUUGCCAGAUUAAGAUUUCAAUUCUAAGAAUACUCACAAGGGAGUAAAUCCUAAUAAACACAGUGGGGUGGGCUUUCAUGCAAGCACACAUACAACUGUGCUUUAAAUCUUCAAAAUAAGAACCUUGGUGGAGAGCUUGGAGAACCAAUCUGUUCUGCAGCCAUUUUGAACAAAGAGCCAUCUGCUGUGGUUAUAGUCAAAUGAAUUUUGGUUUAAAAUAAGGAAGGUAUGCACAGAGUCCUGAAGUGAACAAGUUGGAUGUGCAUAGGGGUCUCUUUCUCUCUCUUCCUUUUUUGCAGGGUUCCCAAUUAUGCAGAGCAAGUCUGCAUACAUGCAAGUUGUUCACAGGAUCUGUUCACAGAGAUUACUAAUAACAGAGAUUACCAAGACAGGUUCAAAGUCCUUGUAUUCAUUUACAAAGACCUGAACAACUUGGGCCCAGGGUACCUUAGAGAGCACCUAAAUCCUUAUAUCCCAGUUUGAUCACUGAGAUAAUCCACAGAGUGUUGCUGGUUGUCCCCUGAGUUGGUGAGGCUCAUUGGACGUCAUCAUGAAACAGAGCCUUUUGUGUGAUUAGCCCCAUCUUGUGGAAUGCUCUGCCAACAGAGAUUCAGCAGGUACCUUCUGUUUCAACCUUUAAACGUCUGUUGAAAGCUCUUCUGUGCUGCCACGCUUAUGCAGGCAAUUUAGAAAACAACUUUCUCUAUUAGUUAGUUGAUGGUUAUUUUUUUUACAUGUUUUUAUUAUAUCUUCCUACAUGCAUAAAAAUGAUCAGGGUCUAUUAGUGCAGCUCCCACUGGAGGAUUUCUAGUGCUUCAUCACAUUAUUGGAUUUAUAUGAAGUCAUGGUGAGGGAGUGGUGCAAAAGUGAAGGCUGGUUUUAAAAUGGUGGUUUUAAAAUGCUGGGGCAGGCAAGAUGGGCAAGCAGUGUGAGCAGAGGCAGCAGCCCCUAGUAUAAGUAUUAUUAUAAACUGCUUUGAAUUUUUAAAAUGGUUAAUAAGGUUGCCAUAUUUCGAAGAUCAAAAAAGAAGGGACAUUUGUAGACUUUUACUUUUAACUAUGCGGGACGCGGGUGGCGCUGUGGGUUAAACCACAGAGCCUAGGACUUGCCAAUCAGAAGGUCAGCGGUUCGAAUCCCCGUGACGGGGUGAGCUCCCGUUGCUCGGUCCCUGCUCCUGCCAACCUAGCAGUUCGAAAGCAUGUCAAAGUACAAGUAGAUAAAUAGGUACUGUUCCUGCAGGAAGGUAAAUGGCGUUUCCGUGCACUGCUCUGGUUCGCCAGAAGCGGCUUAGUCAUGCUGGCCACAUGACCCGGAAGCUGUACGCCAGCGCCCUCGGCCAAUAAAGUGAGAUGAGCACUGCAACCCCAGAGUCGGCCACGACUGGACCUAAUGGUCAGGGGUCCCCUUACCUUUACUUUUAACUAUGUAUCGCUAUGAUGACUCUACCCAUGAAAAAGUAGGACAUAUCCUGGGAAAAGAGGACCUAUCAAUAAAUAAACAUGUGGAGGUUCUGAGCAGAGGCAGUGGGUACAAUCCCGGCCCUACUUCAUAUGCUUCAAUUUACACAAUAGUCAGAAAUAUAAAAAGAAGGGGAAGUAUUUGAUGGGGAGCUGCCCUCCCAAAUAGUGGAGAGUGCUGGUGGUCUCCCUUUAUAUCAAGGCUUGGCACACAUAAACUUUCCAUAUGCAGGAAACAAAGAGUCAUGGACUUUAUCACCAUUUCAAAUGUCACUCUGGGGACUUCCCCUUUGCAUUCCCUUCUCUUUUCUUCAAAUGCUUCGCAACAGAUGGACGUCGCCAGUAAAAAGAGAUCAGUCUCCUCUAACGGGUCUAGUGACGUGACUGUGUCUCCCUUGGGAAGGAAUCCUGCAGACCAUUUCCUCUGUCCUAGGAAUGUAAUGUGUAAACAGAUCAAGAGGUGUCACUCCCAGACCUACCAGUUCACAUGCCCCAGAACUGAAACUCUUUCUGCUAUUGCAGUCUUGUUUGACUUUUGGCUUAUUUUUUAUAUUUUUUUACUGAGUUGCAUAGCAGUUACAUCCCAGCAAACACUGGGUGCCCUGGGGCCAGCCCUACCAUUAGGCAGAGUGAGGUGGCCACCUCAGGCAGCUUAUUAAAGGACAGGACAUUGCUCAUUAUUGAACAUUGUUGCAUUGUUGCUGUUAGUAAGGGGUGGGGAUGAGAGUUUGUACUCAGGUGCCAAAGUAAAAUAGCUAGUACUCCAGCUCCCAUCAUCCCUGACCAUUGGCCAUGCUGGCUGGGGCUGACAGUAGCUGGAAUCCAACAAGAGGUAGAGGGCACCAGGUUCCCUAUCCCUGCAAUACGUGCAAAAAUAGCUUUUCCUUUUUUCUUUUUUGCCUUAAAGCAGCAAUUCCUAGAAAACAGACUUUUUACCAGCAUCUUCUGCCGACUGAAUUGGGCUGAAACAGUUAAGAAAAGAUUAAGAUCAUUGGGGUAUUUCUGAAAGUAUGGAAAGGGAGAACGAGCAGCAAACUGGGAAGCUGAAAGAUGUGGUGUAAAGCUAGUUGGGAAAGACUGAGAAGGAGGGAAGAAAAUUUAUGUGGGAUGGGGAGACUCUAGAAUAUGGAAAAGGUUGAGAUGAGACAAAGGCCUGGGAAGAUGAUGCAGGAAGGAGCUGUCUGUGUCACGGAGAGCACAUUUUGUUCUGAGCUGCGCUAUCUGCUGGAAAUCUAUAUUGCUCUCGGGAACAAACUUCAUUGCUCGUGGGGGUGGGGGGCCUUGGCUUUUCCAGAACCAGCAGCUAAUCCUCUCCUGUGCUGCCCCCAUUUGCAUUGCAGAAUGUAACUAAGGGCAGUUUCAGAGAAGCACAAACAGGAUUUUCUAAGGGCUGAAACUACAUGUUACCGACAAAGUUGUGCACUUAAACCCAACUGCAGCUCCUUGUAGGGUUGUCCAGGAGGGGUUGAUUUGCAACAUAAACACAGCAGGAGAUGGGAGGUACUUGACCAUUUCCCCACCAGCUGCUUUCCUGCUGCUGCAGCUGUCACCAGCAUCCAGCCCAUUCUUCAUUCCCAUGGCUUCCCGGUGGCUCGCAAACAUGAGCCUUGAAUUCUGUGUGGGACUAAGCAGCUUGUGGGGUAGGAGCUGCAAUGGGGAAAGGGGAAAGCACCUCCUCUGCCUUUGACUUCUCCACUCCAAAACACCUGCUCCCGACUUUUCUAACAAAAGUGGUCAUCAGGGUUUCCUUACACAAAUUUGCAUGUAAUGUUCAAUUUCACCUUAUGAGAAAAGAGUUGCCCUCCCACAUGAAUGAGACCAACAUUGUGCUAUGUCAUUUUUUGUCCUUUUUACCAGGACCUCUUUGCUACCUUCUUGAGUAGCCCAGUUGCCCUGACACAGCUGACAUGUACUACCUUGAACUAGACCCCUUGCAUUUUCUCUAGCCCUGUGAAGAACAAUAGGCAUGGACAAUGAGCUCAUAAAUGAGGGUACAUGAACCAACACAAAAGAGCCAUUGUCGAUAAGCUCUGUAGGUCAGAUGAACACAAAAUCUGGGGCAGUUGACAGGUUUCCAAUUGCUCUUUUGCCACCAUGUGCCCAUUUUCCUUUUGAAUGCUUCCAGGUGGGUGUUUUAUUGUGGGAUCAACGGUCCUCAUGCAUGCACGUUUUUCCUCGGUGUCCACAUAAUUAUGUCGGCCCAUAUGUUAUCCUCAUUUAAUCAAGAUUUAUUUAUAUUUACAAAAGCAUUUACAUACCACCAUAUCAUAAAACGUCAUAAUGGUGUACAUCGAUACAACACAUUUUAAAAAGAAAUGCAAACAUUUCCCCAAUACAGUUUUUAAGGGGGUUUUUUUAAAAAAAAACCAAACUGUUGCCAGUUUCCCUGGGUGGUGUUUUUUGUGUUUUUUUUAAAGAUAUCUGAACAGCCUGUUUGUAAUAUUAAACCCCUGCCUGGAAGCAUCCUUUAAUCUGCUUCUGAAAGCAAGAGGAAGAAGAGCAGCUGUGACUCAGCACUGACUCUGUUCCAAGCAUAAGCAUUCUCGAGGUUUGUGCAAUGUUGUUCUGGAAUGAAAUGGACAGCGUCUGGGCCCAAGCCUCCUGGCAGCUCAAGGCCACAUCACACUUUAUGGCCCAGAUGUGUUUCAGUGGGCUCACUCUGUGUUAUCUAGUGGAUGCCAGAAGUCUGAAGGAGAGGCAUGCGCCCAUAAGCAUGCCGAGCCAUUCACUGGAGAGCACCAAGUAACUGCAUCUCCUAAAAUAAACUGAUGUAGAUUGCCAUCCCUCUGGGCAAAGAACUUUUGUGUUCUGUGCAGGCCUUGCCCAAAGUUGAUACCAUCCCAUACCCUCCAACAUUUCUCCGAUGAAAAUAGGGACAUCCUGUUAUUAUUAUUAUUAUUAUUAUUAUUAUUAUUAUUAUUAUACCCCACCCAUUUGACUAGGUUUCCCUGGUCACUCUGGGCAGCUUCCAACAUAUAUUAAAACAUAAUAAAACAUUAAACAUUUUUUAGAAAACUUCCCUAUACAGGGAAGCCAUCUGAGCCUUCAGAUGGCUCAGGGUCGGAUAAGUCCAUACUGUUGAAAAUAGGGAGGUCCUGCCAUAACCUGCAAUAUCUCUCCAAUGAAAAUAGGGACAUCCUAAGGAAAAGUGGGACAUUCCAGGAUCAAAUCAGAAACAGACGACUUUUGUAAAUCCAGGAUUGUCCCUGGAAAAUAGCGACACUUGGAGGGUCUGCCAUCUCAGUACCAAACAACAAUCCUGACUCAUGCUAUUAUUCCUCUUGCACUCACAGUUUUCAGAAUAGUGUAGAAAUAUGCACAGUCAUGAAAGCCACUUGGUUUAUGCCACAUCUGCAUACCAGUUUAUAUAUGUGUGUAAGCAGAGGUGCCAUCUUCUCAAGUUGAUUGAGGGGGGUCUGAUGCGAUUUCCUGAUGUUAUGCGUGUGACGUUACAAUGAGCCAGGGGGCAGAGCCAAACACCCUUGAGGACUGAGGAGGCCAGCCCCUUCAAAAACAAACAACAAGAAGAAAGCCACUAGGGGUCAAAACUGCCUCGGCUCCUAGGAGCUGGCUGGUAUCUAUGUAGCCAUCAUAGAAACUGAUACUGGUAUAGUAUUGGACUUCUGUAUAUGGUGAUGUAUUUAACAAAUUAAAAUUAGAAAUCUUAUAGUUGAAUUCCAACACUCCAUUACAGGGGGUGGGUUAACGCUUAAUGGCUGUCACCAAGAUUUCAUCUCUUCCUCACCCUUUAUAUACAUGCUAAACGAUGAACGCCAUCCUCUAAAAUGGAAAAUAGAGACAUGAAAGUUUAAUGAUUAGAAUUUGCAUUUUGUAGUUUAAAUCCAAGCCUGCAAAUUGAAAAUUGGGAUGUGGAUUUCUCUCAGGGUUUUCAUCUUAAAGCACACAUACAAUACAUGUUUGAAUGCCAUAUGUGCAAAGAUUGCCAAAUGCAUUAAGACUCUUCUUUAAUAAUAAUAAAAAAUCACACUAGCAAAUGUCCCUUUUGUUCAUAAUGGGAUGCCUUUUUUUGUAUCAUUGCUAUAUAAAUGAAAAUUUCUUAAAGAGCAUUGGAAAAAACCCCACACAUAAGAACUAUAUGCAUUUUAAAUAACCAUGAAGAUAACUGCACAAUCACAAACCUGAAUCAUUCAUCGUGCGCCUUGUUGUAUCCUUGAUAUAUUUACACAUGUUCAUGUAUUCCAUGAACAUCAUGUACAAAUUCACUUUAUUUGGCCCUGAUUUGGCCAUAUAGUUCAAAAACCGCAGAGGAUGAGGUGCCUUUGAUCCUUUACUGGGAGAAUCCAGCUUUCAAGCACGGAGCCAGAACAAAAUGUCUGGUCCCUGAAGGGGAGAGGGAACAUGAGAGAGCGGAGGAAGACAGCACCAAAUGUUUCCUAACCACAACUUCCAAAACGCCUGAAUUCCACCAACCCUCUUCUCUAAGGCCCUGAAAACCUGUGCUUUGUUCUUGGCAUUGUGAUUUAUCCCGGCCAAGAACAUGCUGAGAAGCAGCAGCAGCAGCAGCUUGUGAGACCCAGCACUGCAUCCCCCCUGAGCCCCUUGGCUGAGCCCCAACAUGGGAGAUCUGGACUGCUCAGCUCUAGGAAUCUUCCAUUUUUACCAUAAAAGGGCAGGCAUUUCGCAGCCCCUGCCGGGAGGAUGGGAAAGGAAAAGGCAGAGCUAUUUAUAGGCAAAGUGGGGGCCUGGGCUUGAACUCAGGGUUAAUCAGCCUGCAACUAUGGGACUAGAUUGGGAUCUCGCUUUGUUUUCUCAUAAGUGUUUGAUUUGAAAACCAAAGCCUUGGGGUAAAGGAGGAGCUCUGAUAAACAGUGCUCUCUGCCCUUCUAUUUCCCUCUACUCCCCAAACCCCCACCCCACACUUUGUACGGUGGCUUCACAUGGUACGUUUUGUACUUGGGUGUCGUCAUGAGAGUACAGAAGACACAUGGACCCCAUCAAGCCUGUGUGUGAAAUCCAGAAAGUGGCCCCUUUAAAAGAUUUGAGUGUGGGGUCCCAUUACUUUCCUGGUUCUUGCUACUGAGUCUUUCACUUAAUAAUAAUUUUCCAUUCACACGCCUCUCAUACUUGGCGGGAUACACGCCUCAUUAUUUUGUGCUUGUGGGUCUGUGCCCAAGUACAAAAAUGUAAUGCGUGAAGCCAGCCCCAAGCCCCAAAGAGCAGAGGUCUGAAGGAUGCUCAUUGAGUGUAAUUGAGCACAAAACAAUGUACAAUCUCCAGGCAAUGGAAUUCACUUUCACAAGAGGCAAUGAAGGCUGCCAAUUCAGAUGGUGUGGCAAAUAUUCCCUCUUCUGCACCCAUUUUUGCUGCUUCCAGAGACAUUGGUACAGGCCUUAUAGCUGAUUUUCUUUACCCCAGUGCAGCACAAUUAAAUUUGUUACAAUGGGAAUAAAGAGCAUCUUUCUGUUUUUGCGACAAGCCAGACUUGCAUUUUAGACUAGUCCUCAUUCCUCAUCUUGAACCGAUAUCCCUAUGUAUCCUGUUAUAAUAUGAAAGCCUUAAAUUGGCCUAACUUAAUUCAUCUUUAUAAAGGGACGCGGGUGGCGCUGUGGUCUAAACCACAGAGCCUAGGGCUUGCCGAUCAGAAGGUCAGCGGUUCAAAUCCUCGUGACAGGGUGAGCUCCCGUUGCUCAAUCCCUGCUCCUGCCAACCUAGCAGUUCGAAAGCACAUCAAAGUACAAGUAGAUAAAUAGGUACCGCUCUGGCUAGAUGGUAAACAGUGUUUCUGUGUGCUGCUCUGGUUCGCCGGAAGCGGCUUAGUCAUGCUGGCCACACGACCUGGAAGCUGUCUGCGGACAAAUGCCGGCUCCCUUGGCCAGUAAAGCGAGAUGAGCGCCGCAACCCCAGAGUCGUCCGCGACUGGACUUAAUGUUCAGGGGUCCCUUUACCUUUAAUUCAUCUUAAACAAGUUAAACAAUUCAUUAGUUAAACAAGUUGUGUUCACAGUGAGUGCCCUUUUUAACACUGAUACUUUUAGUAUGCUCAGAUAUAGUUGGGUCCUUUGUGGAAUGUAGUCUUGUUUUUCUUUGAUAAUUGAGAAAGUUUGGGGUGGGGAAAAUCUUAUUCAAAGGGAAAAUUGGAUAUAAAUGUCUCUUCCUUGAAGCAUCUCUCACUCUGACUUUGGGAGGUGCGUAUCAACUUUUGCUUGUUGAUUCUGGUAAUUAUGGUUUAAUUAGGGGUGGGGUUUUUUUUAGCUCUUCAUUAAUAAUCAAUAUUUUAGAUUUGUAAUCUUAACUUGCCUUUUAUAAUGUUGUUAACCUUAUUUAUAUUAUUUUCUGCAAUGCUUAAGUUCUACUAAGUAAAGGAAAGGUAUUGGCUAUGUAGCUAAAGACUCAUCCUUGGAGCCUAAAUUCUCUAUGUGUUGAUACAAAGGGUGACCAAUUAUCCCAUGUAACGUGGCAGUUGUUGCAGAGGCAACUGAGAUAAAAAAACCCUUAAUUGUCAGGCUCUGUGUGCUACAUAGAAACCAGGCUUGGAUUUCCCAUGUGAACAGAACAAAAAUGGCCAUGGUGGCUAUAUAAGAGGAUGACACAAAUUCAUGGAGAAGUCUACUCUGAUGGUUACGGUAUGUUCUGCCUCCACUGUUGGAGACAGUAGCCUUUGAAUACCAGUUGCUGGAAACUGUGGGAGUGGAGAGUGCUGGUCCUGCUUUUGGGCUUCCCAUAGGUCUCUGAAUGACCACUGGAAGAAGGACUAGAUGAGACACUGGCCUGAUCCAGUAGCCUCUUCCUAUGUUACCACCAGCUGCCUUUGGCAUCAGCUGUAGACCCACAACAGCUUUGUUUGCAUGUCACAGUAAGCCACAGGUUACCAUAUAUGAGCAGAUUGCAUCUGCUUCAUUCCACCCUGCCAAAGCUGGGAAGAAACAAACCAUGCUCCUUAGAUUAGCAUUAUAUCUGAACCAGGGAUUGUGGUUUGGCUCGCUCCCAAUAUAGGCCGGUUUCUGUACCUUUCAAAAUAGCUCUCUCUCUUCACUUGGCAGGCUGCUGUUGCAGCAGAAACUCUACAUGCUCAUCAGGCAGGCAGGCUUUUACUCAGACCCAAGGCUCUUUUGUGCAGGAAAAAGCAAGAGGGGGCCACAGAAACAGUUCCAGACUCUGUACUGUCUUCAGUCUUCUCAUAGCAUCCUGGGAUAGCUGAAAGGUUAGACACACUGACUUGCCUAGAGGGAUCUCACUCAUUUUCCCAUCCAGCACGAGGGGUUGGGAUUAUUUCCCAGAGGAUGCUCCCCCUCUUCCCCCACACGCACUGCAGGCUGCUCAGCUGGUCGGCAUUCCAUGAGAGUUCCUGGACAACCCAUCCCCGGCUUCAACCUCCCAAGGGGCAGAAGCAGUAGCUGAGAACUUGACUUGGGCCUGGGAGAGAGCGAGAGAAUGAGGAGCUCUUGUUUUUCCAGAGAGACUCAUGGGUCACGUUCAUGGCUGGGUUUGUGGGUUAGGCAGGACAGGAUGUGAUAGGAUCAGGGCCCAAGCAUCACUUAUCUGGGCCCGGCACAACCUUGUGUCACAGACUGCCUCCCUCCCAUCUCUCACAUAAACAUCUACUUUGAACAAAAUGGGAGGAUUGAUUGGUGUCCUUUAGCUUCUUUAGCUCCCUUUGCUCCUUACAUUUCCGGCCACUUGAUUUGUAUUUAUAACCAGAUGUGGCACCAGGCUGUGGGUAUUCAUUACACAUAAGCAACAAACACCAUUUCUAUACUGCUCCCAAUCCUUGGGACUAGUUGUUCUCUGAACUUGUAUACAUUUUGUGCUCUCUAAAUCCUGUUUGCAGCAAUGGCUCCUUCUGUUCCUGGGAGCUCGAUGUCCCUGAAUGUUAUGGUGCUUGUCCUUCCUCUCUGCCAAGAAUACUUUUAGGGGCCUUAGUAAACAAUAGCAGCAGCCACCGCCACCGCAGCAGUGGCUCUCACUUUCUCUAGAAUCAAAGGUCCCUCACGAUUAUGAUGUUUGUAGCUCUUUCUGCUGCAAGUCUCCUGCUGCUCCUGGUUGGCUCUUUCUCCCUCCAUUUCUCCCUGCAUCUGCUUCUCAACCCACUUUUCCUUGUGGUGCCAUCCACCACUGGCGCACUGACCCCAGAGGGUUGUCCGUGAGGGAAUGAGGCCCUCGGACUGACACUCCUGCCCUGCACAGGGAACUCUGCCACUUGUUGUUUAGUCAUUUAGUCGUGUCCGACUCUUCGUGACCCCAUGGACCAGAGCACGCUAGGCACUCCUGUCUUCCACUGCCUCCCACAGCUUGGUCAAACUCAUGUUCAUAGCUUUAAGAACACUGUCCAGCCAUCUCGUCCUCUGUCGUCCCCUUCUCCUUGUGCCCUCCAUCUUUCCCAGCAUCAGGGUCUUUUCCAGGGAGUCUUCUCUUCUCAUGAGGUGGCCAAAGUAUUCGACCCUCAGCUUCAGGAUCUGUCCUUCCAGUGUGCACUCAGGGCUGAUUUCCUUCAGAAUGGAGAGGUUUGAUUUUCUUGCAGUCCAUGGGACUCUCAAGAGUCUCCUCCAGCACCAUAAUUCAAAAGCAUCAAUUCUUCGGUGAUCAGCCUUCUUUAUAGUCCAGCUCUCACUUCCAUACAUCACUAUUGGGAAAACCAUAGCUUUAACUAUACGCUGCCACUUGUAAUUCAGUGUUAUAGGAAAUGCCAACAGGAACUAGAGACCUCUGGGAGUUGUAGUUACUGCGCAAGUGGGUCUCUUACUAAGGAAGGUACAUGGCCCUUAAUUGCUCACACCACAAGUCCUAGAGUUUCUUGCUGUGGUGCUUGUGUCCUGCUCGUGGGCUUCACAUAGGCAUCUGAGUGGCUGUUGUAGGAACAAGAUGCUGGAGCCACUCUGGAUUUCCAGGCCUGGAAAAAAGGUGUCCUUCUCCAACACUCCACCCACCUCACCCCUCUCCAUUGCUUGGCCUCAGAUAGCAUGGGGUGCCAUUUACAAGGAACCCAAUUCAGUGGAAUUUUGUACUCCAGCUGUGGGAAAUUUUAGAAGCGGCAAAUCUGGCACACACAUAGGGUAGCCGUUUAUGCAUCAUUAUACAUAUUCUAUCUAUAAUCUAUCUAUCUAUCAUCUAUCUAUCUAUCUAUCUAUCUAUCUAUCUAUCUAUCUAUAUCAUCUAUCUAUCUCUCUAUCUCUCUAUCUAAGCAGUCCUGUACUUGGCCUUUUGAUGCAUUUCCCCCCGCAAAACCAGCUUUGAUCAAAGUUGAAAAAAACAACCUGGCUGCAUUUUAACAUGUAAACAGCCAAAGAUGGAUAACAGGUACAUCUAAAAGGUAUUGAUUGGUUCAUGUUAGGGAUGGGAAAUAAAUUCAGUUCAGUUCACAUUUAAAGCUGAAUCUGUUCAAUUUGCACUUUCUGAAGUAAUACAAGAGCUAAAACACAGCCAGCUUUUGCAAUUCACACUCCUCCGAAUUUUGCAGUGUUGUUUUACAACCAAACAGUGCUUAUUGAAAUGCAUAUAUUAGGGGAAAGUGUGCACAAAAUUGGAUAUAUUAGUGAAAAAUGACAUACAAAAAUACAUUAUAUGGGAAGAAAGUGCUUGCAGAAAUGUGUACAUAAGUCAAAAAUGCAUACAGAAAUGUGUUUAUUAGGAGAAAUUCCCAUGAACAUACUGGGGGGAAAAUCGUGAGGGUUUUUUUAAAUACCAGUUGCUGCAGAUAUGUGAAGAACUAAUUUAUGAUUGGAAAAAUAAGAAACCCAGAGAAGUGAAAUUGACAUCUCUAGCCCAUGUCUACUUGUUUCAAAGUGAUGAGGCUGUGCCUGCCUCUUAUGUUAUUAGCGUUGGCAUCAUUUAGCAAGAGCUUCAGAGGAGUAACAUUGCAUAGAUCAAUUCCUCUUUGCUAUUAAAGCAUUUUCGUUACAAGACAGUUUUUUCUCCAAGGGGCCAUGUGCACUAGAAGAAGCUCUUCUGAUAAAACAGCCAUCACUGCCCAAAGACAUUACAACUCAUAAUGCAUUUCGGUCUGCAUUAUUAACAAAUCUUGCAUUUUAGUUUGGACGACGUUAUACCUCUUUGCAUAGCCCCUGGGAUGGCCACCCCACCAUACCCACACCCUUUUACCUGACCUUGAAUCACCUUAAGCAUGUGCAACAGGGUGCAGUUUUCUCAGGUGAAUGCAAUAUACGUGAUACAGAACAGAUUAGUUGACCGCAUGCAUAAGAAAAAUGAGUUAUGGGGGUUGGGGAGAGGAUGCAAAGCAAGGCUAAUUAUUUAGUGAAAUGUAAUUGUUCGUAUGCAUGGAAGAUGUGCAUGAAUAGUGUCGACACGUGCAAAUGAAAAAUCCUGUGGACUUGACUACAUUGUAUGUUAAAGAGGUGGCUGAUUCUGCACCUAUUGGAUGCAGUAGAGGCUUUUAUAACUGUAUCAUGGCUGGAAAGCAGGUUUAUCAGCCAUCACAGCUAAAUGCUACCUCCAUGUUCAGAGACAAUAUAUGACUUUAUACCAGAUACUGGGGCAAACAACAAGAAACGUUGCUCAGCCUCUAAGCUUCACAGGGACAUCGGGUUCAGCUUUGUGAGAGGCAAAGGGAGUGCCAAACCAGAUGGACUCUUGAACUAAGCUUGUGUCCUCUAACCAGUUUUCUGCAGAAGGUCCAAGGCUAGUUUCAUACACUAUAGCACACAGUAGGGAGAGAAUGGCAGCAUCUUGCCCUGAGCAUGAAUUAGUUCUGCUCUCCCACUUACGAGGCAAGUGUGGGUUUGGGUUGGAGCUGUUCGUCCCCAGCUACCAUGGGUGGCUAAUGUGGUGCAGUGGUUAGAGUGUCGGACGAGGAGGUAGGGGAUCAGGGUUCAACUCACUCAGCCAGGAAGCUGGCUGGGUGACCUUGGGCCAGUCGCCUUCCCUCAGCUUGUCCUACCUCAGAGGGUUGUUGAGAGGAUAAAAUGGGAAAGUGCAGAAAAGAUGGGAUAUGAAUGUAAUAGUAAUAUUAAAAAAAUGAAUCUUAAGAGAUAGGGUUGGUUUUGCAUGGUUCAUCAUGUUCAGCUCCUUUAUACGCUGAAAGUAGCGGGGUCUUAUAAGAAGAGGUGAACGGUGUUGUGAAUGGAGGGAGUCAAGCACUUAUCACAGAAGUGAGAUUGUGAUUUCCUGCGUGGGAUUGUUGAGGCUUCCCAUUGCUGUACCUCGCUGUACGAUACCUGAAAAAUACUUGCUUCUCCCAUGACUGGCGGGGAAUUAGUACCAUGAUAUCUCCAGUAGGUCACGUCCAGACGAGGGAAGUCAGAGUUGGAUAUGCCUUUGACCCUUUUGAUGUAGCUCUUGGGAUCACUGGCUGAUACCUGUUCUUUUCUGCAUUUCUUACAGGAUUGGCUACUGGGGGAAGCAGUCACACGUCUGAGGACUGGAAGCCUUGCAAAGGACAAUGGACAGCCAAUCUUGAGGAACAGUCGCAGGUGGCAAGCUAGCUCAGGACGCUAGUCCAUAGCAAGACUGUGACUGGUGCCAGUCCAUCAAAAUCUAGUUUCAGCCAAUUUUGCUUCUCUUUUAAAAUGAGCGUGAGGUCACGAUAUCAUUGUGAGUGUAAUGAUGGUAAUGAUGUUAUUGGUCCAAUAUGUUACACUGCUCAACCCUGCCAUAAACAAUCCUAGGAAAUGUAGCUUGCUGAUGACCGGUUCCUGGCUACGUUAGGUUUCUCACAGACAGAACUAUAGUUCCUACAGUUCCCUGGGGAGGUGGACUGGCCUCUGAGCCAGCUGAGUGUAGAUACACACUGGCUACAGUCCAACACAGAACUAGGCAUGCCUAAGCCCAUUCUAAUCAAUUAUCUAAAGUAUGCUUAACCAAGCUUUGGUUUAUGACUGGCAUGGGUUAGGGUGGAGGCAUGGUUCAAAGGUUCGGAAGAUGAAAAGAAACACUAGAUGUCACCUUCCACAAAUGACUCUGGUUUUUUUGCUUUUCAUUUUAUGUUUGCAGAGAUUUAUCAUUUUUGGAAACUAUUUGGGCAAUGACGUCUUGUCCUUUCGUUCUCCCUGUCCCUUUGACUCACUGUGGCUCAUUCCCAAACUUGGCUAUAACUUUCGGUUCCCAACCCAAAUCUAUUCUCUGUCUGGAUAUAAUGUUGUGUUUGGCAGGGUUUCUGAAACACAGAUUUUACAGAUCGAGGAGUUUUUGGUGAGUUUUUCAGACGAUCUCAAGACUUGGUAAGCCAGUCUCUCCUACCUUUCCUCCAGCUAUGGAAUCAGAGCUACAAAAGAAAGAAAAAAUGCUCAGAUCCUUUUCAGAAGCCAAGCAAAGAUGCAGAUGUGGCACAUAUUGAAUGGUCACCGGUAAUUUCAGAGAAGGUCAAUGCAUCAGCAUAUACAGGAGUGUGUAUUCCGGUGUGAAAUUCAGGCAUCUAGAAAGCUCAUAGGACCCCUGAUGAAAGGUGUUUUGCUUGCAUGGUACAGCAGUGUCUUCCAGCAUCUGGCAAAUGCUGCGGAAACCAAUUGCUGUUUUCUUCUACUGAGUAGAAACCUGGACUAUCUAUAUAUCUAUCUGUCUGUCUGUCUAUCUACUGUAUGUAUCUAUAUCUAUCUAUCUAUCUAUCUAUCUAUCUAUAUCUAUUUUUGCCUGUUUUGAGAUGAUUCGUAGCAUGAGGAAAUGAGUGCCUUGCUUCUCGAAGGGUGAUUAGGGCCCUGCUCUCCCUCUCUCUGCUGGCGUUAGCGACAGAACCUUCCUUUCUCUAUCACACAGCACACACCUCUCCCUGUACUGUGUCUGCCUGGUGAAGGAGGAGGAGAGGGGUGGUGGGAAUAAUUUUUGAGGGCUGUGCUUAGAGCUGAGGGGAAGGAGAGGCUGCCAAGGAGCCGGAUGGAGCUGCAGCCCCUGGAGCUGCCAUCUGCUUCUUGUCAGGUUGUUGUGAAGUGCUUGUUCCUGGCUGCCUGGUGACAGAGGCUGCUGGACUGCAGCAGAAGGAUGUGGUUAUGACAGAUGCUCUGUUUACCAUACUUUGUGCCUAGUCAGGAUCACACAGGAUGUUUGCUUUUGCCUGGGAAAGUCACCGUUUGGUGUCUUGCUCACCUCCUUCCCCAGCGUGAGCUUUCCAAAUGGUCAUCUCCGCUGGGAGGUAUGGAGACCGCACUGUCGUCCUUCGCUCACGGGAGAAGACUCCCCUCGGUGGAAAUCCCUGUGCUUCCUCAAGGUGUAACGCAGCUGGGGACCCAUUUUCUCCUUUACAACAGGGGUGCGCAGUCUGUGGCACUCCAGGUGUUGUUUGACUCCAACUCCAGGCAGGAUGGCCAAUAAUCAGAUACUAGAGUUGGAGUCCAACAACAUCGUGGGGAGGGGGCGGCACAGGUUCCCCAUCCCUGCUCUGCAGCAAGGCACGUUACUGCUUUUCUGAUGAUGCAUAAAGGUUCUUCCAAUGUCCAUUAAUUCCUUGCCACUUGAGUCCUUCUCAGAUUGCAUCAGGAGCAGGUGGCUUAGUGGGAUGAGGGGCUGUUGCUUACCUGGCUGCCCAAUGUGGAGGUUGUUGCUGGUAGCCAAGAGGCAGUGGGGUGGUCAGCACAGUGCAAGCACAGUGGCAGAACCAUCCCGACACUCCUGAUUCUUCAUCCACACCAACCUCUUUUCUGCUUCCCCACUCCCCCUAAACCCUUUGGUUACCAGCAGUGACCUCCGUGUUGGGAAGCCAGGUAAGCAAUGCCACUCCACUCCACCAGCUGCUACUGACGCUACUGGGUUGCAUGUGGUUCAGUUCCGUGAAGGGGAUGUUGGGGAAGGUGUUACGGUGGUUGACAAAGCCUUAGGAGUGAUCCAGAUCCUUCCCCUGGAGUCUCCUGCUUCCUGCGGGCACUGCAGCCAGAUGGAUUGCUGCAGGAGAAUGCCAGAGCUUUCCCAUAGACAAAAAUGCAAAGGCUUUCAACACUGUCUCUGCUAAGUCUCAGCUCAUCCUGUAGUCAGUCAGAAAUCAGAAUGAGUAGGUUAAUUUUAGAAUUUAAUGAUUUUACCAAGGUUAUCACACAUCUGAUCUCCUGUUAUUCCAUUCUUGGGCAAAGCGGAUCAUAGCCCCCUAAGGAUCCUACUACAAACAAGAAUGAAAGACAGAAUUAUCUCUUUUGGAUCAAAGGCUGAUUACAGAGACUGAUUUAUCUUAUGAGAAAAAGUGAAGCUAAGUAUAAUGGAACUGUAAUGAAAUUGGAAUGAAUAAAUAUGUAAUGUUUUUAAAGUGACAGAUAUAUCUUAAUGUAACGAAUGAGUUAUCACUCAAGGUAUCUCAGGAGUUAGCAAACAGGAGUUUGGAAGUCAGUUUGCUUAACAAAACAGCCGUUCCCUAUUUAAAUUUAAAUGUGUUUUUGGGUGCUGUACCUGAAAAAAACACUUUUGGGGGAUGAAACUGCCGUGCAAAGUCAUACGGUAUCACAGCAGCCAAAGUGGCCUUUGUGCUCUUGCGAUAAAAAAAUGGGAAGAUGGUGUCUGAGAAGGUGGCAUCCCGGAUUUUGGCUUUUAAGUUUUUGGAGGGCAUGUUAAGUGUGGAUAAGUCCUGACACAAGGCCAUAAAAUCUCCUUGUAUCAGCUUUGACUCCAAGAGAAUGUUUGAUCAGGCGUAGGCCAACACCCUGCAUGAACGGAAAGAACACCUAGAAUAUGCUCCCAGAAUCCUUUGGGUGCUCUAAUAGAUGCUCAGGGUCUCUCAGAAGGGGACUUGAUACGGGAAAAGUUGCUUGGUGGUAGAGAAAGGUGGCAAACCAACAGCCUACCCAAAUCCUGUUGUUGUUCUUCUCUGCACCUUUCUUCCUUCCCUCAUUAUAGCUCUUGUGAGAGGAGGUUGCCUGACAGAUGGAUGAAAACAAGAAGACCUUCGAUGUCUCCCAGCCCAAGGUGCAGUGCUGCAUCUCUGGUCAGUUGUGAGUCUGAGAUGAAGCACUGUAGCUCGGGAAGGGAGGAACGAUGCAACGGAAAGGAAACUUACCUCUCCUCGGUUGAGCUGCGUGGAGCUAGAGAAGCCCCGGCAGGUAUUUCUGCCGAAUUGAUCCAGGGGGCAGAAGAAUUCAACUGGACUGUGGCUGCAAGGGCUGAAGGCUAA